AUGGAGAAGUUAUCACAGCAAUCCUCACUCAGUGGCGGUAACAGCGGAGAAGAAGGUUACGAUGUCGAGUUUGAGAAGCAGCUUGUUAGGAAGCUGGAUAGGCAUAUCAUACCCGUGAUUAUGCUACUGUAUCUUUUCAGUUUUCUUGAUAGCUUCUACAGAGUUAAUAUCGGGAAUGCGAGACUUUACGGUUUAGAGGAGGACCUGGGACUUCAUGGGAACCAGUAUCAGGUCGCGGUAUCGAUUCUGUUUGUUACUUACCUUCUCUUUGAGAUUCCCAGCAACCUCGUGCUGAAGAAAUUUACACCCCGCCGCUACAUCGCCCUCAUCACCUUAAUAUGGGGUAUCAUAGCCACUCUAACCGGUCUCGUCCACUCCUAUGGCGCCCUCCUCGCUUGCCGCCUCCUCCUCGGCGCCGUCGAAGCUGGGCUCUUCCCCGGCCUCACAGUGUAUCUCACCUUCUUCUACAGCAAGCGUGAGCUGGCACUACGCAUUGGAUACCUCUUUGUCUCCGCUGCACUGGCCGGCGCAUGUGGUGGUCUGUUGGCAUACCUGAUUGGUUUCAUGGACGGCGUGCAGGACAUGCGAGGUUGGAGGUGGAUCUUGAUCAUUGAAGGGAUUCCGACGAUCAUUCUGGGCAUUGCUACGUACUGGUGGUUGGCUGAUAAUGUUGAGACCGCUGGUUACCUAUCGGAGGAAGAGAAAGCUUUCCUCGUGAAGAGGCGCGGGAGAGAGGUUACGAAUACGACAAGUGCGCAAGCAUUCCACUGGGCAGAUGUUAAAAAAUGCUUCACGGAUUGGAAGUGCUGGGCUUUUGCAUUCGCACAGUUCGGGAUCGACACCAUGCUCUACGGUUUCAGCACUUUCUUACCCACCAUCAUCAAAGCUAUCGGCCAUUGGUCCAACCCGCAAGUGCAAGCACUAACAAUUCCCUGUUACGCUCUCGGCGCGAUAACCUACCUCCUCGUUGCACGACUAUCAGACGCACACCAGAAGCGCGGUCUCUUCGCGGUAAUCUUUUGCUGUAUCUCCAUCGUCGGAUACGGGAUACUGCUAUCAGAUGCGUCCAGCGGCGUGCACUAUCUGGGGUGCUUCUUGGUUGCCAUGGGACUGUAUGUUGCAGUAGGACUUCCACUGGCAUGGCUGCCAAACAACUGCCCUAGGUAUGGAAAGAGGACUGCGGCGAGUGGGUUCCAAUUGACGGUUGGGAAUGCGAGUGGUAUCAUGGCGCCAUUUAUUUAUCUUUCGGCAGAUAGUCCUAGGUAUAUCAAGGGACAUGCCGUGUCCCUCUCAAUGGUAGGAUUUGCGGGCCUCAUUUAUGCCUUUAUGUGGUUCUGGCUCUCGAGACUCAAUGCACGCCGCGCGCGAGGUGAUGAGGACCAUCUAGUUGCCGGAAUGAGCGAGGGGGACAUUGCGGAAUUGGGUGAUGAGUCGCCGAGAUACAAAUACACGAUUUGA